CACUUGUGUAAACGUAGCCUGUGAGAGCGCAUUACACCGGCGCUCCGCUCUCUCAGGCUCUCUCUCCGACACCUCGCAGCUCACUGGACAGGACAGGACAGCCAGGAGGAGCCGUGACCUGAAUGCCACAAACAAACAAACAAACAAACAAACAAACAAACAGCGCUUGGAUUUGAACUUUGAGGUGGAGGAGGACGACAACCAGAGGGAAACCAGCUGGAGGAGUUUUCUGCACGGGACGGCAAGAAAGGGAGGGAUCGGAGAGAGUCAUAGCAACAGGGAGUGAGAGAGAGAGAGAGAGAGAGAGAGAGAGAGAGAGACAGGGAGAGCAAAAAGGGAUCUGGAAGGAGAGAGUGAGAGAGGAGAAGAAGAGGAAUGAUGCCGGCUGCGGUGGUCGCACGGCGCCCACUCCUGCUGCCCAGCACACUGCUGCUGCUGCUGCUUCUGUGCUGUGGGGAGGGAAGCACACGGCGCCUCAGGAAGAGAGGGCUCAACCAGAAGGACUAUGAGUACCCGAGCCAGUCCCAAUCCACACAGUACCAAAAAAAUGACCGAUGCCCGCCGCCACCGCAGACGCUACCCGAGCGGGCGUGCGAGGUGCCCGGCUGCCGCUCCGACUCCGAAUGCGAGCGCCACAAACGCUGUUGCUAUAACGGCUGCAUAUAUGCGUGCUUAGAAUCGGUGCAGCCGCCACCAGUUUUGGACUGGUUGGUGCAGCCCAAACCCCGCUGGCUGGGAGGCAAUGGCUGGUUGCUGGACGGGCCCGAGGAGGUGCUGCAAGCGGAGGCCUGCAGCACUACAGAGGACGGUGAUGAGCCCCUUCACUGCCCAACGGGGUACGAGUGCCACAUCAUCAACGCUGGUAACCUAGCAGCAGGCAUCCCCAACCGUGGCCAGUGCAUCAAACAGAGAGGCAACUCAGAUGGACGCAGCCUAAGACACAAGUAUUACAAAGAUUACAAGGACUACUUAGGGACCGGGACCAGCUCCAAUAAUGCAGUGGGCUAUGACAAACAUCCCCACAAACACCUGGGUUAAGGGUUCUGCAUUCCUCCCAGUGGACUUCAGGCGUCUUCUCUUCAGAACCUCAAAGUCACGACAUGCCAAACAACUCCCACUCGACAGCAACAAGCAGCACAAGCCUGCCUGCUCUCUAUCUGGUGCUGACCACAUCUUUCCUAUCUGACCUCAAGUAAAAAGGACUCAACCAACUAUUUAACAUUUCCUACCUCUUCAACAGCCAAAUAAAACAUGGAAAAGGUCCAUCAGCAAGGGCCACUGCUGAAACCAAAGUUUCAGUACCACACACACGUACACAUAAACAGAACUGCGAGACUCACAGCGAGCAAGAGAGAUCUGGACACAAUAGAAAGUUGUCAGUUAAGACUGCCUCGGAGUGUUGUUCAUUUCCCCAAGCUGUAAACCAGGCACAUCUGUUCACACAUGGCAACAGGCGAGAGCAACACUACUCUAAGACUGGAGCCUCCCAUUCACAUAACCGCACUGUAAAACACACACGGAGGGAGACACACACACACACACACACACACCCUUUCUCACACUACCCUGCAGCCAUGGGAGAGUGGGUCAGCAGGAAAUGAGGACCAUGUGGCAUUUCUAACUUCUUCUCAAGACCUCCUGGGUCACAGGAUGAGAGCAAAACACACACACAUUCAUACACACAGGGGCUUGUAUACCAACUUGAAAACAGUGUUUAAAAUCACACCUCUGACAUCAUCUGAGGUUCUUUCAGAGAUGAGGGCCAGUCUUAAAUUCUCCCUUUCAUCACCAAACUAACAGCAACAAACACCUCUGUUCGACAACUCUUUACAUUUUUAUAUUUUGAACCAGUUUAAACCCAUCAUGCCACAAAACUGUUCACGAAUCACAAAUCAUGUUUGAAUUGCUUUCCUGUAUUAUGGUGCUCAAUUCCGUUGUAGUUUGAUAAGCUCAUGUCACAUGUCAGUUCCGAGGCUCAUCUCUAUAAGCUAACUCAGGCUCUAAGCUGACAGGGGCUUCUCUCUGUGAGGUGGCCCACGGACAGGACGCAAGGAGCGGCUUCGCUCUUCACAAGAAACGUCAAAAAUCGGUGCUGCAUCAGGAUAUUACCUACUCCAAAUAUAUUACCGGAAUGAAUGCUACUCCAAGUGUUUCGUUGUUACGGACGUUAAUUUACAAUAAAAGUACUGAAUUUAUUUAGAA